AUGAAGGAGGGUCGGAUUUCCGUCUACGCAGAGUUGCUCUCAAACAUCAGACAAGUCUCCAUCGCCGCGUCAUUACCAUCGCCCCCAGAUAAAAGGACUGUAGCGAGAGUUCUGGAUGGCGGUCGGCGGUUACGCAUCGAGCAUGACGGGCAGGCCGAGACCUUGGACCUACCAGGAACGGUCCUUGUCAAUGCCACAUUGCAGGUUCCUCAGUCGGCUUCUCGUGAGCUGACUUGGCGGUUGCCAUUGUCUUUAGAGCGAACGCCGUUGCCGCAUUUUUCACUCGAAACUCAGGCUGUUCCGUGGGCCGCCGUGGACCUUGCGCCCGGAUCUGCCGUUUCUUGCCGAAACUGCAACGCCGUCAUCAUUCCCAAGGAAACCAUACAAUCCUGGAAAGACUUGCCCAGCGAAAAUUGGGCCGAGAUGAUGGAGUUUUGGCACUGUCACAAGCCACACCAUCACAGCGAGCAUCAACGCGAGGGUUUGGCAAACCGGGGAUAUGGCGCCAACAGUGCUAUAGCUGCACAACCUGGUGUCGGCUUGGUUGACAUUACCUCAUUCAUGUUUGAUGAAAACGAUUGCCAAAAGUUGCUUGUAAGUCCCGCCGCCUAA